GUUCAUGCGACCCUGACCUAUGUGUAUCAUAUAUGUAUGUUAUUUCCAUGUCCAGUAAUUAACUUGAGCUACUUCCAAAUUAGUCACUUUAACCAAGUUGCAAAGGCCCAAUGGUACUAAAAUGAACAGUCAGCAGCGUUCAAGUUGUCUUGUUAUGUUGGGCACGUAACAUGUUUGAAACAAAAUUCAAUAUAACACUGUUGACCUUACAUUAUGGUGCUCUUUAGGCCUGUUUGGGAUUUGUUACAGCGACACUGUUCAUUGCGCAUGCGUGAAAUGUAUCAAUUCUACAUAAUGAUCUCUGAUGACAGGGACACUCAGUGCUCGAACGAAACGUUUACCCACAAUCGUAUGUAGUAUUCGUUUUGUAGUAUCUCGCCCUUUUCGAUCUCGACUUUCGUAACUUAGUUACUUACUUUCGACUAGUUUUCUCUACUGCCGGCGUUACCUCUUGGGAAAUAAAUUCAUGGCAGGGACUAUUAUGUUGUCUGUUCAUCCCUCACGGGGACUCGUGGACGAAAAGUUCCGAGUGGAGGUGGAGAAUCUCCCCCCUGCAUGCCCAGUGACUCUGCACUGUCUCCACCGCUCCGAGGACCAGGACCACUGGGAAGCCUUCGGGCAUUACUGCAGCGACCACAGCGGGACGGUGAAAGUGUCUGAAGAUGAAAGUUUCGGGGGAACUUACAGCGGAAGGGAAUGUAUGGGACUGCUGUGGAGCAUGCGACCCGUUCCAGGCAGUAGAAGGGGGCUUAGGUUGAGAAAGACGCACGUUGACGUCCCCAUGACGCUGCUAAUAUCGGUGUACAGAGGUCACCUGACCGCGGGCUUCAGAGAGCUGCCUCCCGUGGCCUCGGUGGUAGCGGAGAGGUGGUACAUGGCGCCCGGCGUCAAACGCAUCGCAGUCGAGGAGCGAGGAGUCGUUGGCACUUUCUUCAUUCCUCCGGGCCCUGGGCCCUUCCCCGGUGUGCUGGACAUGUGGGGUGGGGGAGGCGGACUGGUGGAGUACCGCUCAGCCCUGCUCGCGUCCCGCGGUUUUGCGUCCAUGGCCCUCAAAUACAUCGACCCUGGGGACACUCCCACGGAUAUGCGGAUGGGCUACUUUGAGACAGCGUUUCAGAUCAUCCAAGACCACCCGCAGGUUAUCACCGACCGGGUGGGCAUUCUUGGCCUUUCCUUUGGCACUUCAGUGGCCCUGACUGUAGCCGCUUACUCCCAGAUCAGCAGACCUCGUUGCUGUGUUUGUAUCAGCGGCAGUCACGCCUACCCAAUAACCACACCCAUGGAUCUAUUGGCAGAGGCAAGGGUUAGGAACAGUGAGAAAGUUGGGAAGGAUGAAGAAAACAACGUGAUAUGGCGAAACAUGAUUCUACCGAUCCCCACGGACCCAGCCUUGAGAGUUGACGUGGGGAGAAUUGAGUGUCCGCUGCUGCUUGUCAACGGAGACGACGAUCAGAACUGGGCCACUACAGAGUCCGCAGAAGAUAUAGCCAAUAUGAUGUCUGUUGCUGGCAACAAACACCUGCUGACCACCCUGACGUACCCCAAAGCGGGUCAUCUUAUCGAGCCCCCCUUCACCCCACAUAUCAGGGCCAGCAACUUCAUCGUUCAACAUACCAGAGAGAAAGUGAUAAUGCUGUGGGGAGGAGAGCCCAAAGGUCAUGCAGUUGCUCAAGAAUAUUCUUGGAAGAGGAUCUUAAACUUCUUGAAGGAGCAUCUGUGUAUCCAACCCACCCUGGCUCCCCAGGCCAAACUAUGAAUGUGUCACACACAC